AUGACAAAACAACGACGUUCAUUUUUUGUCGAUGAUAUCUUACAUAUGGUAAUGCCAAUUAAGAAAAAUAUUCAUUGUUCAAAUGAAAAUAAUGAUUUAAAACGUAAACAAUCAAUAAAUUUAGAAGAUGGUAAUAGAAAUGAACAUGAACAAAAAUCAAAGAAAAAAUUUCGAUUUCAUAAUUAUGAAAAAAAUAAUAAUAAAAAAGAAGAUGACAAUGACGAAUCAAAUUAUUCUCAAAUAAUUGAUAUGAUGAGAGAUGAUAAUACAACUGAAGAAGAAGAAGAAGAAUCUCGUUUAAGUAAUAAUAGCAACAACAUUGAUAACAAUAGUGAUGAUGAAUUGUGUGCAUCAAGUUCUUGUUUGACGGCAAUUAAUUUACGACAAAAUAAAAAACAACGUAAACCACGUACAGCUUUUACAGAUGCUCAAUUAAAUACAUUAGAAAAAACUUUUGAACGACAAAAAUAUUUAAGUGUACAAGAACGUUUAGAACUUGCUAAUCGUCUUCAUUUAUCUGAUACACAAGUUAAAACAUGGUAUCAAAAUCGAAGAACUAAAUGGAAACGACAAGCAUGUCUUGGUCUUGAAUUAUUUUCUGGUAAUACAUUACAACGAUGGAUAGAACGACAACCACAUUUAUUUGCUGCUGCGGCUGCUGCUGCUGCUGCCUAUCAAUCUUCAUCAGAUGCGACUAAUGUUAUCGGUCAACAUUUUUUAAAUGAUAGCAAAUUAACAAUAGCUACCAAUCGUAAUACUCAUAGGUUUUCUUCUACAAGUCUGAAUUUACAUCGUCAAGCAUAA